GUCUCAAAACCCCAUACAAAGGAAGAAGAAAAUGGGGUGUUGGAUUGAAUGAUGAGAGACUGGCUUGUCAAAUAUCAGUUUCCCGGGAUUUAGUUCCUUGGUCAGUGCAGUGAGCUGCUAUUACAGGUAAGUGCAAAUUGCAGAAAAAGGAUUGACUCAGUUAAAUAUAUUUGCUUCAUCCAUAUAGCAGGGUGCAUCAAAUUACUUCUGUUGACCAUAUCUGAUGUCUUAUGAUGACCUGGAAAAUUUAUAGGGUGAUUCCAUCAUGUCUUUACUAACCUGAUGUUUUGCUAAUUCGUGUGGGGAGUGAACAUUUAUUAUCUUGAUUUGAGAGAGCGUUAAGAGACCAAACAUACUGAGUUGAUUCUUAAAUGACACCAUCAAAGAUGGAAUGAUACCUUUUGCCCAGAUUCGAAGUUGAAUGAACAGGAACUCUGGAAAUUGCAGGAUUAGGGAGGGAGGACUGAGAGAAGGUUAUCCAAUACGACUGGCGGGAAAACGACAUUUUUGUCAGCUGCUUUUGUCAAGACGCCCAAAGAGAUUCUUUUUCUCUUGUCAUAAAUGUGUCAGUUCAAUGGACUUUAUAUCAAUAAAUGAGCCCUGCCAAACCACUCAUCUCUGAAUCCUCUCUCACACAGCGAUGGAGUCAAUAACGUCCAACUUGAUCAAGCUCCUCCUCCUCCUCCUCCUCUAUUUCCUUCCCUGCUUUCAUGCCAAAUCACCACCCACUUCAACGCUUCCUCUUCCCACAAAAUCUGGCUACCUCCCUGUCAAUCCCACCACCAAUUCAGCCAUGUUCUACACCUUCUAUGAAGCACAGAACCCCAUAUCACAUCUCACCCAAACCCCACUUGUGAUUUGGCUCCAAGGUGGCCCUGGCUGCUCCUCCAUGAUCGGUAACUUCCUUGAGCUUGGCCCUUGGCGCCUGAAUCGUGACAAACACCUUCAACUUGAACCCAAUUUGGGUGCAUGGAACCGCAUAUUUGGCCUACUUUUUCUUGACAAUCCGAUAGGAACGGGAUUCAGUAUUGCUUCAUCACCUAAAGAAAUUCCAACAGAUCAAUAUUCUGUUGCCAAGCAUCUGUUCUUUGCCAUAAGGUCAUUUAUUGAAUUAGACCCAUUAUUUAAAUCUCGCUCAAUUUAUAUUACAGGAGAGAGCUAUGCAGGAAAGUAUGUUCCUGCAAUUGGGUAUUACAUUUUAAAGAAAAAUGCACAGUUGUCAGAGUCUCAAGGCGUAAAUUUAAGGGGUGUGGCUAUAGGGAAUGGGUUGACAGACCCAGUGAGACAAGUGGCUACUCAUGCUGCGAGUGCUUAUUUUUCAGGAUUGAUCAAUGGGAAACAGAAAACCCAGCUGGAAAAAGCUCAGUUGGAGGCCGUAAAGUUGAUUAAGGAGGGUAAUUGGAGUGAGGCAACAAAUGCAAGAAACAGGGUCUUGAAUAUGUUGCAAGAUAUGACAGGCCUAGCCACACUAUAUGAUCUUACAAGGAAAGUUCCUUAUGAAUUCGAAUUGGUUGGUGAGUUUUUGAGUAGCGAAGGGGUGAAGAAGGCUUUGGGAGCAAAUGUGUCAAUAGCUUGGGAGGACUGCAGUGAUGUGGUGGGAGAAGCAUUGCAUGAAGAUGUGAUGAAGAGCGUGAAAUUCAUGGUAGAAUUGCUGGUGAAGAAGAGCAAGGUGUUGUUAUACCAGGGGCAGUUCGAUUUGAGAGAUGGUGUGGUAUCGACUGAGGCUUGGUUGAAGACAAUGAAGUGGGAAGGGAUUGAUAAGUUUCAAGCAGCUGAGAGAAAGGUUUGGAAAGUGAAGGGAGAGCUUGCAGGGUAUGUGCAAAAAUGGGGAAACUUGAGCCAUGUUGUGGUUUCAGGGGCUGGGCACCUUGUGCCUGCUGACCAGUCGGUGAAUUCUCAGAUAAUGAUUGAAGACUGGGUUUUGGAGAGGGGAUUGUUUGCCAAUGAGCAAGAGGCUAAUCCAUCUAGUUUUUCAACUGGUAAUGGUUUUUAUGUAUAACCUGUUAGAGACCCAAAUUAUGGGCAGGUAUGGAAUCAUGGAUGUUUCAUUGAAUAAAUGCUUAUGCAGCAAGUUGUUGUUUACUAAAA